CGGGGGCUGGGGGGAGUCCAGCCCGGAUAUUGAGUGCAGCCAUUGAGAAAAGCCAAACUCUUGUGUGUGUGCGUCUCGAAUAGCCCCCAAGAUGGCCGCCAAUGUGGGAUCGAUGUUUCAAUAUUGGAAGCGAUUUGAUCUACGGCGACUCCAGAAGGAGCUUAAUUCCGUCGCUUCCGAGCUGUCUGCGCGGCAGGAGGAGAGUGAACAUUCUCAUAAACAUUUAAUUGAACUCCGUCGGGAAUUUAAGAAAAAUGUACCUGAGGAAAUCAGAGAGAUGGUGGCUCCUGUAUUAAAAAGCUUCCAAGCUGAGGUGGUGGCCCUUAGUAAGAGAAGUCAGGAGGCCGAGGCUGCUUUCUUGAGUGUUUACAAGCAAUUAAUUGAAGCACCAGACCCCGUGCCUGUGUUUGAGGCAGCGCGCAGCCUAGACGACAGACUGCAGCCCCCCAGCUUCGACCCCAGCGGGCAGCCACGGCGAGACCUCCACACUUCGUGGAAGAGGCACCCCGAGCUCCUCGGUCCCAAAGAGCAGAGAGAGGGGACGUCUCCAGCAGGGCUCACGCUGACCGAGGGGAGCCGCCUCCCAGGCAUUCCCAGCAAAGCCCUCCUGACAGAAACUUUGCUGCAAAGAAAUGAGGCAGAGAAACAGAAGGGCCUUCAGGAAGUCCAGAUCACAUUGGCAGCCAGACUGGGGGAGGCAGAGGAGAAGAUCAAGGUUCUCCAUUCAGCGUUGAAGGCCACACAGACAGAGCUGCUGGAGCUGCGUCGGAAAUACGAUCAGGAGGCAGCAUCCAAGGCAGAUGAAGUCGGCCUGAUCAUGACCAACCUGGAGAAAGCUAAUCAGCGAGCCGAGGCUGCCCAGCGGGAGGUGGAAAGUCUUCGGGAACAACUGGCCUCUGUCAACAGUUCCAUCCGUCUGGCCUGCUGCUCCCCCCAGGGACCUAGUGGGGAUAAGGUGAACUUCACGCUGUGCUCGGGCCCACGGCUUGAGGCUGCUCUGGCCUCCAAGGACCGGGAGAUCCUGCGGCUGCUGAAGGACAUGCAGCAUCUCCAGAACUCUCUGCAGGAGCUGGAGGAGACUUCCGCCAACCAGAUUGCUGACCUGGAGCGGCAGCUCACGGCCAAGUCUGAGGCCAUCGAGAAGCUGGAAGAGAAGCUCCAGGCGCAGUCUGACUAUGAAGAAAUUAAAACAGAACUGAGCAUCCUGAAAGCCAUGAAGCUGGCCUCCAGCACCUGCAGCCUCCCCCAGCCCGGCUUCUUGUCUCCUCAGAGUGUGGCCAAGCCCGAGGACUCGCUGCUCAUGGCAAAGGAGGCCUUCUUCCCCGCACAGAAAUUCCUGCUGGAAAAGCCUGGUCUCUUGCCCAGCCCUGAGGAGGACCCUUCAGAGGACGAUUCCAUCAAGGACUCGCUGGUCACGGAGCAGUCCUACCCGUCCCCUUCGCAGCUCCCACCACCACCAGGGCCGGAAGACCCCCUGUCCCCAGGCCCCGGGCAGCCCCUGCUGGGCCCUGGCCUGGGCCCCGACGGCCCACGGACUUUCUCACUGUCCCCCUUCCCUAGCCUGGCUUCAGGGGAAAGACUGGCAGGGGACGCGCUGCUGUCCAAGCACAUGAUGCCCCCGGCUGCGUUUAAGGGAGAGGCAGGUGGCCUGCUUGUGUUCCCCCCAGCCUUCUACAGCGCCAAGCCCCCCACAGCCCCUGCCACCCCAGCUCCUGGUCCUGAGCCGCCUGGGGGCCCCGAACCAGCAGACGGUGGCGGGAGCGGCCUGGCUGGGGCGGGGGCCGGGGCAGAGGAGGAGCAGCUGGACACGGCGGAGAUCGCAUUCCAGGUGAAGGAGCAACUGCUCAAGCACAACAUUGGACAGCGAGUGUUCGGCCACUAUGUUCUGGGGCUGUCACAAGGCUCGGUCAGCGAGAUCCUGGCCCGGCCCAAGCCCUGGCGCAAGCUCACGGUGAAGGGCAAGGAGCCCUUCCUCAAGAUGAAGCAGUUCCUGUCGGACGAGCAGAACGUGCUGGCUCUGAGGACCAUCCAGGUGCGGCAGCGAGGCAGCAUCACCCCGAGGAUCCGCACACCAGAGACGGGCUCUGACGACGCUAUCAAAAGCAUCCUGGAGCAGGCCAAGAAGGAGAUUGAGUCGCAGAAGGGCGGUGAGCCCAAGAACUCAACGGCUCCUUUGAGCAUCACCAAUGGCACAGCCUCUGCCAGUACCUCAGAAGAUGCCAUCAAGAACAUUCUGGAACAGGCGCGCCGGGAGAUGCAAGCACAGCAGCAGGCCCUGCUGGAAAUGGAGGCAGGACCCCGGGGCCGCUCGGUGCCCCCCUCGCCCCCAGAGCGGCCCUCCCUGGCAGCCGUGAGCCAGAACGGGGCCCCGACCUACGUCAAGCAGGAGGACAGCAGUGUCUGCAGUGGCGCUGGCAGUGGGGGUAUCAGCAGCAGUGCCACACAGACGUCCCUCACCGUCCUGUCCCCCGCUGCCUUCGUGCAGAGCAUCAUCCGGAAGGUCAAGUCAGAGAUCGGGGACGCCGGCUACUUCGACCAGCACUGGGCCUCGGACCGCGGGCUGCUCAGCCGCCCCUAUGCCUCCGUCUCGCCCUCACUCUCCUCGUCCUCCUCCAGCUACUCCGGCCAGCCCAACGGACGGGCCUGGCCCCGUGGGGAUGAGGCGCCCUCGGCCCCCGAGGACGAAGCGGCUGGGGGUGAGGACGAGCCCCCCAGGGUGGGCGAGCUCAAGGCUGAGGGGGGCGUCCCCGAGGCGGGCAGACUGGCCUACUACCCAGCGUAUGUGCCCCGCACGCUGAAGCCCACCGUGCCACCCCUGACCCCCGAGCAGUACGAGCUCUACAUGUACCGUGAGGUGGACACACUGGAGCUGACUCGCCAGGUCAAGGAGAAGCUAGCCAAGAAUGGAAUCUGCCAGAGGAUCUUUGGAGAGAAGGUGCUGGGUCUGUCACAAGGCAGUGUGAGCGACAUGCUGUCCCGACCGAAGCCGUGGAGCAAGCUGACGCAGAAGGGGCGGGAGCCCUUCAUACGCAUGCAGCUGUGGCUCUCGGACCAGCUUGGCCAGGCGGUCAGCCAGCAGCCCAGCGCCUCGCAGGCCAGUCCCACCGAACCAAGGUCCUCGCCAUCCCCACCCCCUAGCCCCACGGAGCCCGAGAAGAGCUCCCAGGAGCCCUUGAGCCUGGCGUUGGAGAGCAGCAAGGAGAACCAGCAGCCAGAAGGCCGCUCCGGCUCCUCGUUGAGUGGAAAGAUGUACUCAGGCAGCCAGGCCACAGGCGGCAUCCAGGAGAUUGUGGCCAUGUCCCCUGAACUGGACACGUACUCCAUCACCAAGAGGGUCAAAGAGGUCCUCACCGACAAUAACCUAGGGCAGCGGCUGUUCGGGGAGAGUAUCCUGGGCCUGACUCAGGGCUCCGUGUCUGACCUGCUGUCCCGGCCAAAACCCUGGCACAAGCUGAGCCUAAAGGGGCGGGAGCCCUUUGUGCGCAUGCAGCUGUGGCUCAGUGACCCCCAUAAUGUGGAGAGGCUGCGGGACAUGAAGAAGCUGGAGAAGAAAGCCUACCUGAAGCGCAGGUACGGGCUUAUCAGCACCGGCUCUGACAGUGAGUCUCCAGCUACACGCUCCGAGUGCCCCAGCCCCUGCCUGCAGCCCCAGGACCUGAGCCUCCUGCAGAUCAAGAAGCCUCGCGUGGUACUGGCCCCCGAGGAGAAGGAGGCGCUGAGGAAGGCCUACCAGCUGGAGCCCUACCCCUCCCAGCAGACCAUUGAGCUCCUCUCCUUUCAGCUCAACCUCAAGACCAACACCGUAGUCAACUGGUUCCACAACUACAGGUCCCGGAUGCGCCGGGAGAUGUUGGUGGAGGGGACCCAAGAUGAACCAGACCUCGACCCCAGUGGGGGUCCUGGCGUCCUACCACCAGGCCAUUCCCAGCCAGACCCCACCCCGCAGAGCCCCGACUCAGAGGCUGAAGACCAGAAGCCUACUGUGAAGGAACUGGAGCUUCGGGAGGGCCAAGAGGAGAGCAUCACAUCCCUGACUGCCCAGGACGCAGCGCAGGUGAGGAUUAAGCAGGAAGAGACUGAAGAGGAUGCUGAGGAAAAGGCGGACAGCCAGCUCCAGGACUCAGGGGAGCUGGAAAACAGCCAAGGUUCCCCCGAGGAGAUGCAUCCCAACCCUCCACGUAACGAUGGACUCCCAAAAGCGGCCCCAGGAUCCCUUCUUCCAGGCAGGACCACCCCAGACUGCCCUUCACUGCAGCCCGCCCAGGAGAGCAGGGGUGGAGAGCGGCUACACCCGGACCCCCUGAGUUUUAAGUCGGCCUCGGAGUCCUCACGCUGCAGCCUGGAGGUGUCACUGAACUCGCCCUCGGCUGCCUCCUCACCAGGCCUCAUGAUGUCUGUGUCACCUGUGCCCUCGUCCUCAGCGCCCAUCUCCCCAUCCCCACCUGGUGCCCCCCCUGCCAAAGUGCCGAGUGCCAGCCCCACUGCCGACACGGCUGGGGCCUUGCACCCCAGCACCAAGGUGAACCCCAACUUGCAGCGGCGGCAUGAGAAGAUGGCCAACCUGAACAGCAUCAUCUAUCGGCUAGAGAGGGCUGCCAAUCGGGAGGAGGCCCUGGAGUGGGAAUUCUGAAGGCAGGACACAGGGGCGAGGGGCCUCCCUGAUGGGCCGCCCUCCCUCUCACUCACUCUCCCAGACAGGGCGUCAUACAGAAGGGAGGAACUCAACCAUCAAAACGUGGACAGCGAUGUUAUGCCGUUUACGUUUUUUGUUGUACUCCUAGCUCUGUAAUUGUGAGUGAGCAGGUGGGGCAGAUGCCACUGCCUCCCCUUUUUGGCACCCUCUGCUCCACCCUGGCCUGUCUAGAAGGGGCAUAAGCAAAGUGGAAACUUCAAACUCUUUUAGAAAAAUAAAUAAAUAUUUAUAGACCUCUUUUAGAUAUUUUAAUAAAGGAUCCUUUGGAAUUUAUUCCCAGCCGAUGCUGUUUUGAUAUUACAGAGAGUUAUAAAAUCAGGAUGCUGUCACAACUGUUGCGAAGUAUACACUGAAGUUGUGUCGUUUUUUGCCACUAGAUGAGAUUAAAAGAAGACAAUAGUUCAAAGCCAUCACAAAACACUCUAAGACAUGACCAAAAUUUAGCUAACCUUUGAACCACGGUUUUGUUUUGUUUUUCCAUGUCUGUCUAUGAGACACAGCGCAUUGCUACUGCCCCUCCAGAAACCGUGCUGAAAAGAGAAAGUCCAAAAGACUCUAAAUGAAAAGCUCGAUGCCGUUGAGGAUGUGUUUCAUUCUGGUGGUCUGUUUUGCAACCUUGAUAACACAGAAUGCCCUGUGCCAUUGUAAAUGUUGUAGAGAUGUGGGUUGUGGCCAGCUGUCCUACCUGAGAUGUAACAUGGUACAAAACAAACUGCCUACACUCCCUCAAGUCAGAAACCUGUGGGCCCCACAGGUCGGGCGUCCAUCUCGACCAUCUGUAGGCAAGAUGUGUUUCCAGAUCCUUUGGAAAGCCAGGCAUGGGGGCAGGGGAUUGGAGAGUGGCACUGAGCCAGAGUGAGCCCAUUCCCCAACCUGAAUCAUGGCCACAGUGCAGAAAGUUUCCCCUCUGGUUUUCCAGAGCAAGAGUGUGGCCACCAUCUUCCUCUCCUUAUGUUUGAAGAAAAUAACAGCAUUGGUCAUCCCACAAAGCACCCAGAUCCAAAAACUAGAUUCAUCACUCUAGAGAACCCAACUCCUCUACUCACCCUCUUCUCUCUCAAGUGGACCCUGGUGCUGCUUCUGGAAGGCGUCUGCAACUCUUAAGUCCAUGCAGAACAAGUGAGAAGGUUGAAUUCACUGCAGUAUGACCACCGUACCCCGGUCUCCAAAUCCGUGCUCCUGCCUACAAACGUGUGACCUUUUAGGGAGCAAAGACUCAACCCCCCAACUCAGAGAAGGCCUUCCUCCAGCAUCUUUGUCAUCAUGGUUUCUAGCAGGAGAAUUCCCCAUUUGAAUGAAACAGCCACCAUAUUGGUUGUUGAAUCUCUCCUGGUUUUAGUUCUUUUCGUGUUUUAAACUCUCUGUGGGAAGGCUGAAUUGGGUGACUCCCCAGCUGCAUCCAGAAUGACAAUGAAAAGGUGGCCAUCGUCGGUGCCAAUCCAAUGCCAGGGGGAGAGAUGGCUGAUGGAGGUUUCGAGGAGGCAGCAAGCAUUUUGAAACCAGGCUACUGAAACCCAGUGACCAGAAGGGGACAAUUGAGGGCCGUUCCAGAAAUCUCAACUCUCAUGCACCCAGCCCAGGCUGCAGCCUCCACACCAAUCAGUGAAGAACAACACAAACCCUGCAGGAAAACGUCCUUUUCCAUACACCCAGGCUAUGCAUUGAAGAGUUUUCCACUGUAUACAUUUUUAUCCAGAUGAAGGUAUUUUUAUAUUUUGACAAUAGGAAACAGUGACCAAUUUUCAGAGUCAUCAAAUCUGGAACAAACGAAACAUCUCCUUUUAGCCACCACCGCCCUGUCGCAAUUAAGACAACUGUGGGGGGACACACCACUUUUUACUGUUGAAACCCCACACACCACUGAAAUCCAGGCUUACACGAUCCUUACAGAACUAACUCUGGCUUUUGUGUGACGGGAUUUGAUUAAGCACUUAGUAUAGUCUUUUGAAAACAGAAAUCCUGUUGUACUUAAAGCUAGCGGACCCAUGAACAACUAUCAGGGUCACGUCCUAUAACGGUAAAAACAAAACAGAAACCCACAAAAACCAUUUCUAUGAGAGAUUGAUGAACUUUGUUUAAAAUUAAAAAGAAAAAAGGAACACGUUCUGUAAAUGCGUCGCUCAAUACAGAAUUGUAUAAUAAUGUCUGGGUGUCCUGCUUGCUUUGUUCUGGAGCUGGGGUGCAAACUCGGGGUCAGAUCUGACCCUCAGUGGUGUUUUACAAAAUGGUAUUUUUAGAAACUGAAUUUUAAUUAGUGUGCUACCAUUAAAAUAUGGAGGCACAUUACCGGCCUCUCUGGAAAACCGUAAGAUCUCACCACACUGGGCCCACCUUCCAGCGUAACAAUAGCCAGCUGAGGAGCGGCUGCGCCCUUGAGACAGGACACAUGCCAGGAACACGCCUGUGAUUUGCCUCGGUCCUCACCUGGGCCACCUGUCUCGGUCCUGUGGGCAUCUCGGUUGGCAGUGGUGCUGCGGGCUCCAGCAAAGGAAGAUGGAAGGACUGGAAUGCAUUUUUCCCCUCAGUGCAGCAGAGUGGAAGCAGGUUAGAUU